AUGUCCGAAAUCAUGUCCACUCACCCUGCCAUCACAGCAACUGGUGUCAAGCAGCCGUUGACCCUGGUGCAAGUCCCAACUCCCCAACCUCAACAGCAUCAAAUCCAGGUUCGCAUUGAAUGGGUGCCUUCUGCACCCUUAGACGUGUACCAAGUUGAUGCUGGGUUGAUGGCUCAAUUUCCUCAAUCCAUCGGUGAUAGCGGUGUCGGUACUGUUGUAGCAGUUGGUCCUAGUGUUGAGUGCCUCCACGUUGGUGACCAAGUCAUGGGUUUCUUUUUCCACAAUGAGAAAGAGAAGGGUCAACAAAUCUACGUGACUGCACCCGAACAUCUAUUUGGAAAGGUUCCACCAGGUUUAUCCCUGGCUGCGGCGGCUACGUUGCCGACAAAUAUCGCCACCGCAUUUCUCACCCUUUCGGACAAGCUAGGCAUCGAGUUGCCUUGGCCGCGUCCAUCUGAAUUCUCCUCCAAGGACCAGAAUGUCCCUAUUCUCAUCUGGGGUGCAGGCAGUUCCGUUGGCCAAUUCGCAGUUCAAAUCCUCAAGUAUUGGGGGUACACCAACGUCAUCGCGACUGCGUCCUCUAAGCAUCACGCAAAGAUCAAGGGCUACGGCGCCAAACAUGUCAUUGAUUAUAAAGAUCAAGAUGCCGUGAGCUCCAUUCUCGAUAUAUUGAGCACGGAGAGUCCUUUUCUUCCCCUUCGCGCGUUCGACUGUGUGGACUCCAAGUUCGGUUCUCUGCAGCACAUAGCCAAAAUUACAACUCUACCGGGAUCGAUUGUUGCUGCUGUUCUUCCGGUGGUAGUUCGCCCUUCUUCAGAGGAAGGUGGUGUGCAAGUCUCGCUUGAUGUGGCUGGAGAAGCCACUUGGAUGCCCGGCGUGGAAAUCCAUGGCAUUGUAAGCUAUGCCUUUGAAGCGAACCCUUUCCUCAAAGACCAUUUACUGCCGGAUAUUAUCCCUGGGCUUGUUAAGUUGGGUGCAAUUGAGCCUAACAAGUAUCGAGAAAUUGAAGGCGACUCGCUUUUGCAGAGGGCUACCGCUGCGUUGGAUACUCUGAGAAGUGGACAAGUUAGUGGCGAGAGACUGGUAUGGAAGGUUUGGACCGAGGGCGAAUUCCCGCAGUUCAAGUAA